AUGGUGUUGACUGAAAACUUGAAGCUUGUUGCCCUCGGCAACCCUCUGCUGGACAUGCAGGUCCGUGAUGGUCAAGAGGUGCUACAAAAGUACGGUCUGAAGUCGAAUGAUGCUGUGCUUGCCUCGCCCGAGCAGUUGAGCAUUUAUGGUCACCUUGUCGAGAACUACCAGGUCACGUAUGUGGCUGGUGGUGCUGCACAGAACACGGCACGCUGCGCUCAGUAUGUUUUGCCUCAGGACUCGACUGCCUACCUUGGCUGUGUCGGUAAUGAUGACCUUGCCCAGCAGCUGCGUGCAGCUAACGAGCGCGAAGGUGUGCAGAGUGUGUACCAGGUCGUGAAUGACACGCCAACGGGCUCGUGCGCAGUGGUAAUUACUGGCCACGACCGUUCUUUGUGCACGAACCUGGGUGCGGCAGAAAAGUUUGCUCAGUCACAUCUUGAGAGUGCUGAUGCAAAGGCCGUGAUCGAAGCAGCCAAAUUCUUCUACUUGGGUGGCUUCUUCCUGACUCACGGUGUCGAAAGUGCUCUGGCUCUGGCUAAGCACGCUAAAGACACGGGCAAGACUUUUUCCAUGAAUCUCUCUGCUCCAUUCAUCCCUCAGUUCUUCAAGUCUCAAGUGGACCAGGUGAUCCCCUACGCCGGGCUGGUGAUCGGCAACGAGUCUGAGGCAGAGGCCUGGGCCAAAGCGUCUGGUCUGGAUACCACGGAUUUGAAUGUCAUUGCACAGAAGAUUGCUGACUCGCCUUCGGAACUGUCCAAGCCCCGCACGGUGCUGAUUACGCACGGUGCUGAAUCGACGAUCCGUGCUGUGCAAGGUGCUUCGUCGACGCACACGCACCCAACACCCAAGGUGGACGCUGCCAACAUCGUUGACACGAACGGUGCCGGUGAUGCAUUUGCGGGUGGUGUGAUUGCCGCCCUCAUUCUGGGCAAGUCGAUGGAGGAGGCUGUGGACGUGGGUCACCGUCUCGGUGGUAUGUGCAUUGGCCAAGUAGGACCUGUGCUCAAGUUCCCUAAGGAAAACGUACUCUAG